GAGGCGUUGCCCUCGUCAGGAUCGCGUCACAUGAUGCCAUCGACUUUGAUUUCAGGUCACAGAGAGGGCCCAAAACCUUUUCAGAUUGAAGAACAAACUUGAGGGAACGGCCAACCAACCUUCGUUUGAAAAUUCUUAAUACAAUGAACGGAGAGCAAACUAUGGAAAACGAUUGAAAAAAGGUGCAUUUCAGAAUGGCAGAGCCAGAACGCGCUUCUUCUUCUUUCAAGAAGCCAAGGCACGUCGUGAAGAAAGUCUUGGCAAGGCCACAACAGGAAGGUGAUGGGGCCUUCGUCAGGAGAAGCAUUGGGAGGAUGGAAUUGAAGAGCUUGGACCCAUUUCUCCUUUUGGAUGAAUUUUCAGUUACUGCUCCUGCCGGCUUCCCGGAUCAUCCUCACAGAGGAUUUGAAACUGUUACUUACAUGCUGCAGGGAGCUUUCAUGCAUCAAGAUUUUGCAGGGCAUAAGGGCACAAUUAGGACUGGUGAUUUGCAGUGGAUGACUGCUGGUAGAGGGAUCAUUCAUUCAGAAUUUCCAGCAGGGGAAGGGGCCCAGAAAGGCUUACAGCUAUGGAUCAAUCUCUCUGCCAAGGAUAAAAUGAUUGAACCUCGAUAUCAGGAGUUGCAGAAGCAAGAUGUAAAAAGAACAGAAAAGGACGGCGUAGAAGUUCGAGUUAUAGCCGGAGAGUCGUUAGGAAUCAAAUCUCCUGUUUAUACCAGGACGCCCACAAUGUUCCUGGAUUUUACAUUGAAACCAGGAGCUCAAAUGCAUCAGCCUAUUCCAGAAUCCUGGAACGCAUUCGUGUAUAUCAUUGAAGGCGAGGCUGUUCUUGGCGAUGCCAAGAAUGCACCUGUUACUGCUCAUUAUGUGCUGGUUCUGAGCCGUGGCGAUGGCAUCAGUGUGUGGAACAAAUCCCAAAAGCCUGUCAGAUUUGUUCUCAUUGGUGGGCAGCCUCUGAAUGAACCGGUUGUUCAGUAUGGUCCCUUUGUGAUGAACACCCAAGCCGAGAUUGAGCAAGCAAUUGAAGACUAUCACUAUUCCAGGAAUGGGUUUGAGAAGGGUAAACAAUGGAAAUCUCAGGCUCAUCAGGAAGCACAUGAUUGAGUAGGAAUGUCACAGAUUAUGCGGCACCGCCAUCUAUCUAUUAUUACCAAAUGCUGAUGCAGCUAGCUACAGCUAGGUGGAUGCUAUAGUCUGGUUUAAAUCAUAGUCGUUCAUUUUGUCUGCAAUAUAUCAGGCAAUAGUUUUUUUAUUUGUUGUUUAUGUAAGCCAGCUUGGGAUAUAUAAUGUUGAUGGCCCUUAUAUGAGAUGGUGCAGAAUGUUUUUGCACCAGGGGUUCAUCUGAACUUUGUACCGCAUUAGCUAGGAGAAAGGAAACUGCUAUAAUGAGCAACGAUUUGAUUCACUUA